AAGGCAGCAAAUGCCAUUAAUGUCCGCCACAUCCUCUGCGAAAAAUAUUCUCGAGCGUUGGAAGCGCUACAGAAGAUUCAGGAGGGCGAACGUUUCGAUAAGGUCGCACAGGAGUACUCGGAGGACAAGGCGAAAGCCGGAGGUAGCUUGGGCUGGAUGAACAGAGGUUCAAUGGUGGGCCCAUUCCAGGACGCUGCAUUUGCCCUGCAGCCAUCUACCGUUGACAAACCAAACCUCUCUUCCCUCGUGAAAACAAACUUUGGAUACCACAUAAUUAUGGUAGAAGGCCGACGUUGA